GGCGAGAGCACGGAAAAUCCCGGCGGACUGUGCCGAACAUGUUCUCUUCUGCCACAGUCGCAUCCAGUCCGUUCUCUCUCAAUUUUCGUCUGCGCUAGCAGCCAACAAAUCGGAGCAAUUCCAAACUGAUGUGAUAUCUACACACUGUUCCAGCCAAACUGCCAGGGUUAAAAAUUGUAAGCCUCCUCGGAGACGGACUGGAGCAAGGGGGGACGGCGCGUCACGAACGCGGUCACGCUCAUGAUCUCACCAGAGAGCACAAGUGGAGCUACACACAUACCAUCGGAAUUGGCUAUACCGUAACAUGGCAAAGGCGACGGAUUCACCGUGUCAAGCCGAAGCUUGCGACUUGCAGGCUUGUCUCAACAAGAACACGUAUAAACCCGAGAAAUGCGAAGAGCAUAUGCGCAAUAUGUACAAGUGCUGCCAAGCUAUGUAUGAGCGGACGGAUGGAAAGGGGGAGUCCACGGCUUGUCCCAUGCCCAAUGUUGUAGAACGAUGGCUGAAGAACCACGGAGAAGCCGUUUCAUAGCUUCCUAUAGACAUCACACCUUCCGGUCAGACGCACUGCGCCUACUUGAAUCAGUAUUGUCCUGUAACAAUCCUAUGGUCCAUGCACUCCGACGUCUUAUAAGUCACGAUGUGACGCACUACAUAAGAACCACAAUUUCAUUUGGAGCAGUGAGUAUAUGUACAACGAUAGCUUUGGGUAUGUUACAGCACGAAAGCAGGA